AUGAAGGCCUCCUCCAGUCAUAUGGAAGCCCGAAUGCUCAGUCAAACUGAACAAAGUCCUCAAAGCCCAGAAUCUUUGCCCGAUUCUCUACUGAGCGGUCUCAGCGGUGGCAUGCCUAUAGCCAAUCGCACAGAAGAACCUCUGAUUUUAGCACAACCAGCAAGCGAGCGUGUAUUUUUGAAUACUGUGCCAGCUCAUGCAACAGCUAUAUCAUCAAUUGACGACGGGCUUGAUUUCUCAAAUCUGGAUCUAUUUUGUCCUAUUAAUGCUGACGAGAUCACGACUCGUUGGAUGAACCCUUACAUUCCAAUUCCUGGACAAAAAGUCAAACAGUACUCUCCUGGUGUGAGUGUUUUUAUUUUCCGUACGUUGAAAUCAUAUGCAGCCAUUGCAGUUGGCGGUCGUCGAAUACCACCAUUUAUCCACCCCUUACAAAUAUCGGCGCAGUCAGCAGGCUCGGCCCUCACGGCAUGCUUGAGUCUAGUCCGCAUAUGCGAAAAUCCAUUACCAGGAAGCGAAGCAACGGCGAUGAUGGUUAUUCGCCGAGAAAUGGAAUCGCUAAUGGAAUAUCAUGCAUCCUACGAUGAUAUUUCUCUUCUAGCGGCAUUUCAAGCCUAUCUUAUUUACUGCUUAAUCUUAUUCUUUCGACUCAAUCACGAACCAAAUAGUGACCUUCGCUCUGCAGUCAUAAAUCUUCAGACUCUAGCCCAUAUUUCAUCGAAAGAUGGACUUAUGUGCGUGGCUGAUCAGCACCGAACACGGCCCAGGUGGGAAGAGUGGAUUGUUACCGAAACAAAGCGCCGAGCGCUUUAUGUGACAUAUCUUUUUGAUAGCAUCCUCUCAACACAAGAGGAAAUUCCUACUUUUCUUGCAACUGAGUUACGCGGGCUUCCUGCUGGGUCUAGCAAAUCAUUAUGGCAAGCACAGUCUCGCAGUGGCUGGGAAGGAGAAUACAAUAUUCACCUAUCGGAGUGGACAGAACAAAGCUUGGCGAUUGAUGAGCUCUGGCCACUUCCAACGGAUAUGGAAGAGCCUGAAAUUGCAAAACGAAGAGGACGAGUAGACCACUGGUUGGAAGAUAUCGAUGAAUUUGGGACGAUGCUUUAUGCAGUAACCGUGUGCACUCAUGGGGGUUGA